AUGCUUCUUACAAUAACUCCAUUAAAUUUUGAAAAUUAUGGUGAAAUCAGUAGUGCAUUAAGUAAAUUAAAUUUUCUACAAACACUUGAAGUUGUAAGAAGUGAUAUUGUAAAAACUGUAAAAUAUGAUCAAUUAAAAAAAGAAAUUUUAAAAAUGUUUGAUGAAUUAAUAAUAGAAGAUUUUGGAGUACCAAAGCAAUGUUAUGUUUAUGUGUUUGUUGGAGAUCAUGUUUUUUUGAAUAGUUUAUGCCAUAAGUGGAAUCAACUUGUUUCUGUUAAAAACAGUGAUGGAGCAAAUAAUCCAUUAUUUUCGAGAAAUAAUUCUGAAAGUUUUGCCGGAUAUAUUGUUUAUGCUGUUAUGCAAAAACUUAUACUUUUUAAUAAGGAUUUUGUUCCUUAUAAUGUUAUAUCACUUGAUCUUCUAUCACUCGAACAAAAAAUCUGCGAAGUUAAUUAUACUGAUAAAAAUACUCAAUCUAUAAAAAGUUUAAUUAAAGAUGGUUCGUUAAAAGUUUUAAAUUGUAAACGGUUUGAAUCAUUAAAUGCAAAAAUUAAACAAUUAUUUAAUUUAAGCAAAAAUAGAAGAAAUAGUUGUUCUACAAUAAUGUCAAAACUUAAAAGAGCAAGCUACCAAACAGGUCGCACUGGAAACGGAGAGCGAAGAGAUGGUCCAAGCGGCAGUGAAGAAGUUGCAGAGAAGUCGUUCCAAUUUACAAGACGAUCAAGAAGUAAGAGAUGCGAGUUAUUAAGAGUCAAAGAUAAAAAACAACGUCAAAAAAUGGCAAAACAUCAGAAGAACGCAAGAAACGCCGAAGCAAAGAACGACUUUAAAACGCCAAACGAAUAA